CCGAGCCAUCACCAAUUGGCGCCAUCUCCGUCACAUCUCCGCAACUACCGACACCAACUACGCAGCUAGACGGUACCUAGACGCCCUACCCGCGCAAUCGGACCCUCCCUCCCUCUCAAAUCGCGCCAAUCGAGCAAGAUCGCCAAAUUAAAUCAGACAAAAUGACUGCCUCCAGCGACCACCCCAUUACCACUCCCCCCCGCGCUCCCUCGCCCGUCCAUGGGUUCGGUACGCUCGCCGUCCAUGCGGGAUCCCCGCACGACCCCGCCACUGGCGCCGUGAUCGAGGCCAUCUCGCUCUCCACCACCUUUGCCCAGACGGCCGUCGGCAAGCCCGUCGGCGAGUUCGAGUACUCGCGCAGCAGCAACCCCAACCGCGCCAACUUUGAGAAGAUGGUUGCUGCUCUCGAGCACGCCAAGUAUGCCCUCGCCUACUCGUCCGGCAGUGCCACCACGGCCAACAUCCUCCAGUCGCUCGCCGCUGGCUCCCACGUCAUCUCGGUCUCGGACGUCUACGGCGGCACCCACCGUUAUUUCACCCAGGUUGCCAAGGCCCACGGCGUCAAGGUUACCUUCACUCCCGAGAUCGAGGUGGACAUCCGCGACCACAUCACCGAUGCCACCAAGCUCGUGUGGAUCGAGACCCCCAGCAACCCGACCCUGCGCCUUGUGGAUAUCCGCGCCGUCGCUACCGCCGCCCAUGAGCGUGGCAUCCUGGUCGUGGUCGACAACACCUUCCUGAGCCCCUACGUCCAGAACCCGCUAGACCAUGGUGCCGAUAUCGUCGUCCACAGUGUGACCAAGUACAUCAACGGCCACUCGGACGUGGUCAUGGGUGUUGCCGCCUUCAAUAGCGACGAGCUCUAUGCCCGCCUCUCCUUCCUCCAGAACGCCAUCGGCGCCGUCCCCUCUGCCUUUGACUCGUGGCUCGCCCACCGUGGAGCCAAGACCCUCCAUCUCCGUGCUCGUGAGGCCACUACCAACGCGACCGCCAUUGCCCAUGCCCUCGAGGCUUCCCCUCUUGUCAUCUCGGUCAACUACCCCGGCCUUGAGUCGCACCCCCACCGCGCCAUUGCUCUCAAGCAGCACCGCAACGGUAUGGGUGGUGGCAUGUUGAGCUUCCGCAUCCACGGCGGCCACGCUGCUGCUGAGAAGUUCUGCCAGUACACCAAGAUCUUCACUCUUGCCGAGUCCCUCGGUGGUGUCGAGUCCCUCUGCGAGAUUCCUAGCUCCAUGACCCACGCUGGUAUCCCCAAGGCCCAGCGCGAGGCCGUCGGUAUUUUUGAUGAUCUUGUCCGCAUUUCUUGCGGUGUUGAGGAUGCUGAGGACCUCAAGGCCGAUGUCCUCCAGGCUUUGGAGCGCGCUGUUGCGGAUGCUGCCAAUGGUGUCUCCAACGGUGUCAACGGCACUCACUAAAAAGUGGAUGUCGUUUGUUGUCUGGGAUUGGUAAAACAAAACGGGCGUAUGAAUGGCAUUGAGAGCGGGUUUAACUACUACCAUAGACGGGGUUCAGGCGUUAUCUCAUCAUGCGACUCUUGUGGGCAUGGUCAAUAUUUUGAUUCUUUUUAAGAUACCAAAGGAGGUUUAUGAUGAAGAUCAAGGGUCUAUAUGUAUCCCAUGAUUGUUGCCUGGGUGGAUUUUACCGCAAACGAGGGAAAGCGUUGGGGUUCACUUUUCAUAUACAUGUAGUCAUAUAGAGAUGAUACCAAA